CUCCACCGGGGCCAUGUCAGAGCGGGAAGAGCGGCGGUUUGUGGAGAUCCCUCGGGAGUCGGUGCGCCUCAUGGCAGAGAGCAUGGGCCUGGAGCUGAGCGACGAGAUGGCGGCCCUGCUCGCAGAGGAUGUGUGCUACCGGCUCAGAGAGGCCAUCCAGGUCCCCAGGCACCCCCCACCUUUUCUCAGGAUUUCUGGACUUUCCACGGGUGAGGCUGCCUACCCGGCGGGAGAGCCCCCUCCUCCCGGUCAGCCUGCUCUCCGCUCUCUUUCCCAGGCCGUGUGUGGGUACGGAGCCCAGGAGGCGCUGCCCCUGCGCCCCGUCAGGGAGGGUGAGCUCUACUUCCCUGAGGACCGGGAGGUGAACCUGGUGGAGCUGGCCCUGGCCACCAACAUCCCCAAAGGCUGUGCGGAGACGGCUGUGAGAGUUCAUGUCUCCUACCUGGACGGCAAAGGGAACCUGGCGCCUCAAGGAUCGGUGCCCAGCGCUGUGUCUUCACUGACCGAUGACCUGCUCAAGUACUACCAGCAAGUGACUCGCGCUGUCCUGGGGGACGACCCACAGCUGAUGAAGAUUGCUCUCCAGGACCUGCAGACCAACUCCAAGAUCGCAGCGCUCCUGCCUUACUUUGUUUAUGUGGUCAGUGGGGUGAAGUCUGUGAGCCACGAUUUGGAGCAGCUGCACCGGCUCUUGCAAGUGGCCCGGAGCCUGGUUCGGAACCCGCACCUCUGCCUGGGACCCUAUGUCCGCUCUCUGGUGGGCAGUGUCCUCUACUGCGUCCUGGAGCCCCUGGCUGCCUCCAUCAACCCCCUGAAUGACCACUGGACUCUGCGGGAUGGUGCCGCCCUCCUUCUCAGCCACAUCUUCUGGACUCACGGGGACCUUGUCAGUGGCCUCUAUCAGCAGAUCCUGCUGUCCCUGCAGAAGGUCUUGGCAGACCCUGUGCGGCCUCUCUGCUCUCACUACGGGGCUGUGGUGGGGCUGCACGCCCUUGGCUGGAAGGCAGUGGAGCGCGUCCUGUACCCACACCUGUCCACCUACUGGACAAACCUGCAGGCCGUGCUGGAUGACUACUCCGUAUCCAAUGCCCAGGUGAAAGCGGACGGGCACAAGGUCUACGGCGCCAUUCUGGUGGCCGUGGAGCGGCUGCUGAAGAUGAAGGCGCAGGCGGCAGAGACCCACCGCAGUGGGCCUGGCGGCAGGGGGUGCCGGCGCCCCGACGAC